AUGUUCAGAUUCACUAAUAAACAUAAUAUUUUAAAAAAGAACUUUCAAACGUUUUUGAAGGUGCACAAAUCCACUUUUGCGUUUAUUGAAACUUCAAAUGAUGGUAAAUUGUUACCUCAAUCAUUAUCAACAUUGUCUGCAGCUCAACAAUUAAAUAAACCAAUCGUCGCUUUGAUUUUAGGUAAAAACUCUUCCAAGAUUGCAGAAAGUUUAAUUAAGGAUUAUAAGAUACAACAAUUGAAUGAAAUUAUCUAUUCACAAGAUGAAAUAUUUGAUUCAAAAUUACCUGAAAUUUUUACUCCAAAUUUAAUUAAAAUAUUAGAUGAAAAUAAUGGAGACAAUUUUAGUAAUUUUAUUAUAUCAAGUUCCAAUUUUGGUAAAAAUAUUUUACCACGUAUCUCUUCAAUUUUCAAUUAUCAACCAAUAAAUGAUGUUAUUGAAAUUGAUGCCUCCGACAAAAAUAUAUUUAAGAGACCCAUUUUUGCUGGUAAUUUAAUUGAAACUAUAGAUAGUUCAAAACAAGCAAAGAAAUUCAUUAGCAUAAGAUCAUCCGCCUUCCCAAACACCCUUGAUGUCACUGAAAAUGCUGAUUCAUCUAACUCAAACACAGAAAUAAAAGAAUUAGAAGAGAUUAUUAAUCCAGAAAAUUUAACUAUUACUUGGGAAGGUAAUAAAAUAGUUGAAAGUAAAAGGCCAGAUUUAAAUGGUGCUAAAAUCGUAGUAGCAGGUGGUCGUGCUUUAAAAGAUAAAGAAACUUUUGAUAAACUUUUAGAUCCACUAGCGGAUAAGUUGAAUGCUGCUAUUGGUGGCACCAGAGCUGCUGUCGAUAACAACUUAUUGGACAAUUCGUUACAAAUAGGUCAAACAGGAAAAAUUGUUGCACCUGAUUUAUAUGUUGCUGUUGGUAUAUCCGGUGCUAUUCAACAUAUAGCAGGUAUGAAAAAUUCUAAAAAAAUAGUAGCCAUUAAUAACGAUCCAGAUGCACCAAUAUUUAAAGUUGCCGAUUACUAUAUCGUAGGUGAUUUAAACGCAGUAGUUCCAGAAUUAACUGAAAAGUUACCUUGA